GUGCCGGCAAUCAUGGUUUCUUUGUUUAUUUUAAAGGAAUAACUAACGAAAAAAAUGCAGCUAAUAAAAAUAAAGUCAAUUUGAAUAUUUCCACUUCACUGGCAUCUUUGCAGCUAUGAAAUCGGAAUAAAUGUAUUUAUACGCAAGAUAGCGAGCACAAUCAAAACAAAAAAAAACUUGUACAACAUGGGUACAGAAUGAACAUGAGAUGCGUGAGGCGCAUGUCCUUCCAUGACAUAAACGGCCAGAGUGAAUGGAACUGUAUGUAUUGCCACAAGCAGCGUUGGGGAAUGUAGGAAAAAGGGAGAAAAGGAUAUGAGUUUUUCCCAUUGCCAAAGCAUAUUCGAUACGACACUUGGGACGUUGUGGUUCAUUCAUAUUCCCGUUUAUUUUUUAGAGAAAAAGAAAAUCGGGGGAAUACAAUGUUCUGUUUGUAUUAUUUUGCGCGCGUGCAAAAAAGCCUUUUUCACUGGAAAUUGUACGACAGUUUUCGACACGAUGUUGGUAGAUUUGUACGUACUUUUCAUUUGCUCCUGUCACCUUUCUAUAUUUAUCAUCAAAUGUGUUCGAACUAACUUUGUGUAUUGAUGAAAGAAUAGUAGUUAGUGAAACGCGAACUCGAUAGAGAUAAAAAAAUCAAUUCCGUUUUGUGCUCUUUUUUCCUUUCUCUUUAUUUCUCAUCGACAUAAUUUAAUCGAUAUCCGUCCAUUGUAAAAUUGUGCUUAAUUUAUUUGAAUAAACAUUCAACAGUUCAACAUUGUUUCCUUUGAAUAAAUCAGGGUCGAGUUUUCAUUCGAUACGACCGAAAAAGACGGAAAAAGUUCAAUUUCAUGGUAUUGCAUUGUUUUCUAAGUACUCGACAGAAUCAAGCGAAAGAAAAAAGAAAUUCAACCGCAGUAAAAAUGAAUUUUGGUCAAUAGAAAAGAAAAAAAGAAUCUGACAGAAGCAACAUCCAAAGGAAAAUUUCAUUAGUGAGAAACACAGAAACACACACACACACACCGUGGAAUAGCGAAUGGAACAAAGAAAAGUCACACACAAAAAUCGGAUAAGUGUAAAAGCAUUUGAAUACAAAACAUAGACAUAUACGUACACACAAUUACGCUAAUAAUCAAGUUUAUGGAUGGAAAAUUAUUUAACGCAAUUAAAAUGUGCCCAUAGAUGUGCAAUGAAAAUCAACAAUAGCAACUCUAUUUAGAUUUCAACAUUCGGAUAUCGGUGUGAUUGUAAACAAUAACGUCGAAAACCCUUAAGCAAAGCAGAGAGACAGAGAAAAAAAAGCAAAUCACAUGCAAAGUGAGAUAGAAAUAAAGCAAAAAAAAAGUGAACGACGUCUACAGAUAUGCACGUUUCAUGAUAACGGCGACACAACGACGGCGACGGCAACGAAACCAACAAUAAGAACAACAAAAACGACGAACGAUACAAAAACACCAUAAAAUAUAGCUUCGAAAAGCGUCGGAUAAAACGGUUUCAUUGUGCGCGAGGGGAGAGAAUCGGUUUGAAACAAGAGGGUUGUAAUCCACAUUGCGUGCUUCUGCCUGCGAGUUACAAGUGCAAUUUAAUGUAAUCAGCAACUCAGAGCGGAGAGACAUAGAGUGUGAGCAAGCAACUUCAACACUAUACACGAAAUGAUGGUAAAACGGCUGAAGCACAGUGGCUGCUUGGCGUCACACGAUUAGAACGACUCUGUCUGCUGCCUGAUGAAUUUCGAUGGUGAAUUGCGUUAUUGCACAAUAUAAAGUGAUUCAAUGGAUUUGUGUAGUAAUCUUUAUUCAUUUUGAGCCCGGCAGUUCGACUUUUGCUGCUUGAUUCAAACCUCGCAUUCUCUCUAUCUUUUUCAAAAUUACUUCAAAGUGUGUAAUUGAGCAAAAUGAUUCAGUACAGUUCAGGCACUACUCCUGUAAAUGAGUGAAUAGUUCGGUAACUCUGUGUUGUGUAUCGGAAUUGUUUUCCAUUGCAUCGUGCAAAAUUCAAAACUUUUGAAACUUUCAAUUAAUUCGAUGAAGAGAUUACAUUUUCAUUUUAGUUAGAAAUGAAAAGUUUCAGUUUUUUUUUCACUGUUUGAAGUGAACGCUUUAAUUUAAUAUAACCAAAAGUUUGUGCAAUAUACAAGUGAACAAUUAUAUUAUAUGAAAAUAUUCAUUUUGAAUUGAAUGCAAAGUGUUUUCUCCAUUUUAUUUGUUUGAAUAUUUCGAAUUUUUGUAUUAAAUUUACAAUGUUCACUCCGAAGAAAAUCAACAACGCACCAUUAUCAGUGCCAUCGUCACCGUCGAUCAAGAUGGGUUGCUGUGCAUUCAGACCGACAUUUCGUUCACAACCGCGAACCCCACAAGAAGUUUAUUUUGAAAGUCGAGGAAAAUGCUGCAAAAAACUUCUCAAAUUCAAUGGCUAUCCGAACAAAGUUUGGCUUUACCCUGAGGAGGCAUGGGCCCGAAGCGCUACUUCAAGUUAUAUCAUGAUCAAACAAUGUCCAUGGUGGAAAAAUCUAUGCAUUGUCGAAGAGAUAGCUGGCACCCGACACAAAAAAUCAACGUAUGCAAAAAUGAUAAGCUCAUCGCCGGGCUCAUUGUUAAUAAUCGGCUCGUUUAAAAAACAAACCGUCGAUCCGGAUUUUAAGCUACAUUUAACGUCAAAUAUAAGUAUUGCUGAUUAUAACAUGGGCUACUGUUUGACUGGAGUAUUGGAGAGGGGCUAUAAAAGAACCAAUAAAUAUCAACAGACUCAUUUCGUUGUUAUACGACGUCGAUGGCCAUCAUUGAAAGAUACGAAAUCAUCCUAAGAACAGCAGAUUGUCGAGAAGACGACAAUGCAAUGAAAAGAGAAAAACACAGAGAAAAAAAUGAUGAUAAUAUCGAAACACGAGAAGAAAAAGGAGCUUUGUAGAUUCAAAGGAGACAAUACAAUUUCUACCUUGCUGUCCUGUCCUAUAUUCUCUUUCUAAAAUCCACAAUCCUUUUAUCGAAUAUAUUGAAACCAACAAAAAAUUCAAUUUCUAUCGAAUAUAGUCGUUUAGAAAGAACUUUAAAAUAAAAUCCCAGAUCGGGGAAUUGCUUUUUUGACGACCGACAAAAAAAAACGUGGAAGUCAUAUAGCUAUCAAUGUUCCAUGUUAAGUAUAUAAUCAAAAAAAAAAUGAAGAAAAAAACAAAUAUUGUACAAAUACUAUAUGAUAUUGCAAAAAAGUUUUAAACAAAAGGAAAUGCUUACUGCCAUUGAUUUAAAUUACGUCCAAAUGAUUGAAAUGAAACGGAAUACGCGAUGUAUUUUUUUGUAUAAAAAUAUGCCAAAUAUUUUAUAAAUGUUCAAUCAAUAUAAGUCCAUCCAGAAGAAGAAAAAUACCAGAACCGAAACAGCGUAACUAUUAGAUUUAUUGUGCAUUAAAUGGAAGAAAACUACUAUAUAUAUAACAAUGAUAGUUUAUUUGAUUUAUAUUGACAUGAAAAAAAAUCAAACUAUUUAAUGGGAAUCACAUAUUUACAUGGUAGAUGUUUUUUAAGAUUAUUAUUGCUAUUAUUGAAUGGAAUGUAUUAGAUUUGCGAUUAUUGUGCUGCAGCAUGCCAAAUACAGUUGAAAAAUCUCAGGAAAAGAAAAGCGAGAGAUACAUAUAUGCACAUUUACACCACACAAAAUGCAUGAAACAUUUUAGAGAUCUUGGCUGCUUAUCUAUAAAUGUAUUGGCACACACAAAUUCCAUAAAUGUAUUGACUAGAAUACGUGUCAUGUUAUGAUGUUA